GUUGUCUAGUUCUACUGCUGACCCAGAUGUGGAUGAUGGGUUACAACGAUGGUGCCGAGUUCAACAUGCCUGAUCCCUUCAAUGGUAGUAGGAAGUUCAGGCCUUUGAUUCCCAGGCCCAUCUCUUCUCCCACCACCUCUCCUUGUAUUGGCCGUAUCAAUGGCUCCGAGUUUGUCGCACUAAAUUAUCACCUCAGCAUGGGAGACCAAACCAAGAGGGAGUUCAAUACACAACCAGAUGUUGUUGUGAGCUCGAGGUGGAACCCGACGCCCGAGCAGCUAAGAACACUCGAAGAGCUUUACAGACGAGGCACUCGAACCCCGUCCGCCGAUCAGAUUCAGCAUAUAACAGCACAGCUGCGUAGGUAUGGCAAGAUCGAAGGGAAGAAUGUGUUCUACUGGUUCCAAAAUCACAAGGCAAGGGAACGCCAAAAGCGACGCCGCCAAACGGAAUCUGCUCAAGAUGAACACAUACGCGAACCCGACAUCUUCGAAAGAAAGGAUCCAGAAACGAAUAGGACAACUUAUGAAGUCGAACAGACAAAAAACUGGGCACUCCCUACAAACUGCAGUACACUAGCAGAGGAAUCUGUCUCUAUACAAAUGGCAGCAAAGGCAGUGGUGUCAGAUGGAUGGAUCCAAUUCGAGGAAGGGGAAUUACAGCAGAGGAGGAGCUUUGUUGAAAGGAAUGCCACGUGGCAGCAGCACAAGAUGCAAUUCCCCUACUCUUGCCUGUCUCCUAUCCCUAGCCCUAGCACUAGUCUUCCCUCUAGUACUUGUACUCUCACGGCGACCGUCGCCCCGUCUCCGAUCAGACCGAUGGACCUGAAGCAGCAGCACUUCUUUAAAACGCAUGAUCUCACCAUCUUUAAGUCUCCUUGCAGGCACAAUGCCAAUGUCAUCGACCACUUCAAUCUUGCUAGAAGCCAUGAAGCUGUUGCCUCCGGGGAGGACUCCCAAACCAUACAGCUCUUCCCUCUUCGCUCCGAGAAUUCGAACGAAAAGGAGAACGAAAUAUCGGUCGCCGCCACAUCCUCGACCUUCAACGUCAGUCCCAAUUACCAGUUUUUCGAAUUCCUCCCUUUGAAAAACUAA